GUUUUAUCUGUGAAGACCUGUGUAUUUGUUGUUAAAAAGGAUAAACCAAUAUGAAGACCAGAGAGCUGUCUAUGGCCAUUUUUGAGAAAAGUUGAGAAAAGAAGAACGAUCUACCAGAGCCAGUGCACAAGCAGAGGGAAAGAAAAACAUUGAAAAAGAAAUAAACCACUGGUGUACUAACAAUCAGACAUCGAACAAUUCAGCCAAGAAAAACAAUGCCAGUUGAUGACAGAAACAUUGUAAGAGCUGUGAAGAAAAAACCCUCAAAACAACAAUCAACAGUGACAUCACUGCCAACAUUCGCAGGGCAGGGGUGAAAUAUAGAUGCCAUACCACAAGAUGCAAACCAUUCAUCAGCAGUAAGAAUCAGAAAUCCAGUUUGGAAAUCGCAAAGAAAUCCAGAGAUGAGUCUAAAACGUUCUGUAACAAGGAUUAUCCUCUACCAAAGUGGCCAAAGUGUGGAGAAAGAAAGGAUCUGCUCAUGAUCCAAAACAUACAAGCUCAUCUGUGAAACAUGGUGGCGGUAGUGUCAUGGCUUGGGCUUGCAUGGCUGCUUCUGGAACAGGUUCACUAAUCUUUAUAGCAGGAGAAUGAAUUCAGAAGUCUACAGAAACAUUCUGUCUGCCAGUUUACAGAGAAAUGCAUCCAAAUUAAUUGGGAGGAACUUCAUCAUGCAGCAAGACAACGAUCCAAAACACACUGCCGCCUCAACAAAGAACUUCAUCAGGGGGAACAAGUGGAAGGUUUUAGACUGGCCAAGACAAUCACCAGACCUUAACCCAAUUGAGCAGCAUUUCACCUCCUGAACAGGAGCCUGAAGGGAGGAAACCCCCAAAACAAACAACAACUGAAAGUGGCUGUGAUAAAAUUAAAUAAAAAGAGGCUGCGGUUAUAGAAAAUUAAGCAACUGCUUCUGACCAAUCAGAAUCCAGAAUUCAGCAGAACUUUGAUAUAAAUAUAAUCAAAUGCUAGAGUAUAAUUUAUGAUCAUUUAAGAAGUGUAGGAGAGCAUAAAGAUCAUUAUGCAGAAUUAAUGACAGCCUGAACCGACCGUUGGAUUCAGAAUAAGGAGUCUAGUACGUAGAGGUCAGUGUGAGAAGCACUCUAAGCCUUAUCCGCACAAAUACAGGUGGAGGACGGGAUUGAACUUCCCCGGGACGUCCCACUGCAAGUCCUGAGUGAUAGAUCAAGUCUGGAGACUUGAGGACCGAUGGGGACUGAGAGUGUACAAGUGGAGAGGUGUUCAUCCAAAGCCAUGGACAUGUCGAGCUGCAACUUCCGCUGUACUUUCAAGCAUAUAGAUCAGUAAUAAAUGGUUCAUUCCCUGCAUGACUACUGGUUGGUGUACUUGGUGAGGAUUCUGAGAGUCGCCUCAGAACGACAAUGGUGUUUUUCACUGUGCCAAAACUUCUGGAUUUUAAGAACUCUCCGCCACACCUUCAGUUCAACAGGUACGUUUUGACCGGAUAUCGUCCUGUGUCCACCUGCACAGGAUGCUUACGGAGUCUCUUUUAUCUGCACAACGAAUCCGGAAACAUCUACACGCAUGGUAUCCCGUUCAUGUGCUUCCUACUUCUACUGCCUCUCAGCAUUCCCUGGUCCGACGUGGACGAUCAGUGGCUUUGCAUCAUACACUACAUAGCCUGCCUCUCUCCCACCGUCGGCUCCGUCCUCUAUCACAUCUUCAUGAAUCAUGAAGGCGGAGCUCGAGUCUAUGACGCCCUGCUCUGCUUUGACAUGUUUGGCGUCUGUCUCGUCAACACUCUGGGUGCUUUGCCAAUUGUCCACAUCACUCUCCUGUGCCAGCCUUUGGCGCGCCGUGCUGCCAUGUUUGGCUACGUGCUCUUCUCAUGCCGUGGUGUCCGUGACGCGCUAACUGCUCAGAGUGGUGCUCGACGUCUGCGAUCGUUCGCCUUCCAAGCCUUGUUCCGGGCUUUCCUCUUUUUCCUGCGCUGGUUCAGGUUUGGCACAGGAAACCCCGAGUCGCUCCAUCUCUACGUCAUCAUGGAUGCACUGGCGCUGAUGGGUGGCCUGGUCAAUGUGUGGCGUGUACCUGAGCGCUUCAGCCCCGGCACCUUUGACUACUGGUUCAACAGUCACCAGAUCAUGCAUGUAAUCGUUGUUCUGGCCAUAAUGUUCCUGCACUGGGGCACCAUGGAGGAUUUGGCAUGGCUGAAGGACUACCAGUGUGCUGCGAAAUGAACAAAAUAGAAGUGGGAACUCGCUAG